AAGAUCCUGGAGGAACAUUUUUCAAUUUCUCUCCCACUUUUUUAUUUUUCUCUUUACCUCUGCUUGUCAUAGAGACAUGGCAGGAUACACAGCCUCGAUAAGCGGCCACAGACCCUUGUUACCGCCAUGCCCAAGAAAGGGAACCGAAAACGGCUGAAAUUUCGGGCCGGGGACGUCUGCUCGGAGUCAGUGACAGUUGCUGAUUUCGCCAAUGCCGACCCAGCCGUAGUGAAGUCAGGGAGGGUAAAAAAGGCAGUUGCCAAUGCAAUUGAAAAAGAAGUGAAGAUGUUGUGUGGGCUAGAGGGGUCGCAGGGUUCCGUACAGGAGGUGUUCUCGUCAGCGUCCACCCUCACCGGAGACACCCUGGAGAGUAGCGACGACCUCGGGGAGGAUGGAGAGAACGAGGCCAAACAGGCCCGCAAGAAGAAAAACAAGAGGAGGAAAGAGUGCAGUGAUGGGGAGGACUACACAGUGGAUAUCUGGCUGGUGCUGGCUUCCUAUAUCCGUCCAGAGGAUGUGUGUACAUUUGCUCUCAUCUGCAGAAACGCCUGGACCGUCACCUGCACUGCUGCCUUCUGGACCAGACUAUACAGGAGACACUACAGUCUGGAUACUCACCUGCCGUUCCGUCUGCAGCCAGACUCCAUAGCCAGGAAGCGUUGUCUACGGGCUCGCGUGAUUCGCUCCCUCUUCCACCUGUAUGAGCCAUUCAGCUCACGUGUCUCCCUGAACCCUGCCCUCCCAGAGUCCACGCCCACCACGCUACUCAACUCCAAGUGUCUGCUGUUCUGGGUCAAUAAGGUUGUGGGUACUCGACCUGAUCCUAUGUGGGAGUUCAACUUCAAGUUUGUGAAGCCGGCGGUGAGGUGUAAGGGUGGUAAUGCCACCCGCGGUCUGCUGUUGCCCCGUCAGUAUGAGGAUGUCAAUGCUAACCCAGACUCAGACUGCUACUUGCUGCAGGUCACCACCCUGAACUUCAUCUUUACCUCCGUGGUCAUGGGGAUGACCCUCGCCCUGUUCAACAUCAACGUGAGCACGGACAUGCGUCACCACCGAGUGCGCCUGGUAUUCCAGGACUCUCCCCCCCAGCGGGGGAGGAGGGGGGAGCAGGGGGGGACACAGGUGGUGCUGGAUCCUGUACACAGCGUGAGACUCAUGGACUGGUGGCAUCCGCAGUACCCUUCCUCCCCCUAUAUCUAAAACCCAUGUCUCAUCACGUGUAGAACCCUCUUACUAUCCCACACACACAUUACCCCCUUUACUCCUAAAACCCUGACUGUACCGUCUGCCCGUACACCUAGAACACCCAGUAUCCCCUUACACCAAAAACCAUCCACAUUACCCCCCUUUACUCCUAAAACCCUGACUGUACCGUCUGCCCGUACACCUAGAACACCCAGUAUCCCCUUACACCAAAAACCAUCCACAUUACCCCCCUUUACUCCUAAAACCCUGACUGUACCGUCUGCCCGUACACCUAGAACACCCAGUAUCCCCUUACACCAAAAACCAUCCACAUUACCCCCCUUUACUCCUAAAACCCUGACUGUACCGUCUGCCCGUACACCUAGAACACCCAGUAUCCCCUUACACCAAAAACCAUCCACAUUACCCCCCUUUACUCCUAAAACCCUGACUGUACCGUCUGCCCGUACACCUAGAACACCCAGUAUCCCCUUACACCAAAAACCAUCCACAUUACCCUGCCUCCCUGUACAGCCAGAACCUUGCUUCAGCUCAACCUCCUACAGCCCCAGACACACAACACCUACCUCCUCAGUACCCUGGCUCUCCAGAGACAACCCCUCAAUACCUUCCAAUCCCCCACUUUGCCUACCCUCAGACCACCCUACAAGUUUAUGUUGAACAGAUGCAGAGACAAUGUCAUUGCUUUUAAUAUUUCCUCCUUUCUGUAACUGCUAAAUCUUAGUUUAAGGCCAUUUUUAAACGGGAGACUUUUGAUUUUACAUUUUGGUUUGACUUUAAUUCUAGGGUCCAAAAUUAUGAUUUUCUGCUUGUGUAAUUGUAUUUUAUUUGAUACCUGUAAUCAUUGGUACUUUGUAAACCCCUACACCUCCUCAGGAAGGAAGGGGGUCUGAAGGCUGUGAUGGGAGCAGCAUUUUAUUUCCUGCUUAUGUCUGUGUUAGAAUGUUUCUGAUUUGGGUUUAUCAACACAAGGCCAGUCUUGUGUUCUAUAAUGAUCAGGAGAAACAUGCCAAUCUUGCUUAAUUUGUAAGGAGGGCGCUAUUUGAAGAAUCAACAUGUAAUACCCACAGGAGACCGGAUGGCAGCUCUGUUCUACUGUUCACUCAACGUCCAAUCAAAAUGACCUUUAGAACAGUAGUGUUUGAUUUUAGUGUGAAUAUAGAAGUUUGUUAUCGUAUGUAGUAGAAAGCAAAGCUUUUUGUUGAUGAUCAGACCUGAAAUUGCUUUAUUGUAAAUGAAUGUAUAGCCGGUUGACCUUGUGAGGGACGUAUGUAUGUUUGGCUGUGAGAGCCAACCAUUUCAGUCCCCAUGUAAAGCCUGUGGAUGCUGUCUGUGAUUGUUUGGUCAACCUCCUGUACUGAAAUACAACUGGAAAGAACCCCC